CAGGGCAGCCUGGCGCUGGCUGGCUGGCUAGCGGCAAGCGAGAAGCGGCCCCCUCGCAGCGAGCUUGCUGGAGCCGAGAGCCUCGCUGCCCCCGUCGGAGAGAUGGUUGAGUCCUCUUCGUCAAGGUUGCUGUGGUAGCCCAGAAACACCGUUCACUCGGAGCUGUGACCGCGCACCAUCAACACACACACACACACACACACACACACACACGCAGCUUUCCGCGCAAACUCCUCCACUGCGCCUUGGACCGAGGCAGAGGAGGAGGAAGGCGGCGAAGAAGGAGAGGCAAGGGGCGGGGGCCACGGGGAAGGCACGCAGGCUGGCAGAUCCGAGCCGGGGGGACGCGCGCUCCGCUCUCGCCAAGAAGCAGCCGAAGACGAUGCAAAGGCUCUGCUGCUACUGCAAAGGGGCCACCUGGCCCAAGGAAAGCGGCGCCGCUGCCACUGCCGCCGCCGCCGCAGAUUUGGGGCAGAGGGGAUGUGGGAAAUGCAGCCGCCCGGACUUGUGCAUCCUGAGCAAGAUCAUGGGGAUUAAAAGUGGAUUUACCUUGGGGAACCUCGUCUUUUUCUGGAUGCUCUCCUGUGUGAAAGGAUUUAUUUAUACAUGUGGUGGAACGUUAAAAGGACUCAAUGGUACUAUAGAAAGCCCUGGCUUCCCAUAUGGAUAUCCAAAUGGUGCAAACUGUACAUGGGUAAUAAUUGCAGAAGAAAGAAACAGGAUACAGAUAGUAUUUCAGUCUUUUGCUCUAGAAGAAGAAUAUGAUUAUUUAUCAUUAUAUGAUGGGCAUCCUCAUCCUACAAACUUCAGGACAAGGUUAACAGGAUUUCAUCUUCCUCCACCUGUGACUAGUACAAAAUCUGUAUUUUCACUACGAUUGACCAGUGACUUUGCAGUGAGCGCCCAUGGAUUUAAAGUAUAUUAUGAAGAAUUACAAAGUAGUUCUUGUGGAAAUCCUGGAGUUCCACCCAAAGGUGUCUUGUAUGGAACAAGGUUUGAUGUCGGUGACAAAAUCCGAUACAGUUGUGUGACGGGAUACAUCCUGGAUGGACACCCCCUACUCACCUGUAUAGCCAACUCUGUAAACACAGCAUCCUGGGAUUUUCCAGUUCCUAUCUGCAGGGCGGAGGAUGCAUGUGGAGGGACAAUGAGGGGAUCCAGUGGCAUCAUCUCUAGCCCUAAUUUUCCUAAUGAGUACCACAAUAAUGCAGACUGCACCUGGACCAUUGUGGCUGAGCCUGGAGACACCAUUUCACUCAUAUUCACGGAUUUUCAAAUGGAAGAGAAAUAUGAUUACUUGGAAAUAGAAGGUUCAGAACCACCAACAAUAUGGUUAUCUGGAAUGAAUAUACCUCCUCCAAUUAUCAGCAACAAAAACUGGCUCAGACUUCAUUUUGUUACAGACAGCAACCACCGAUAUCGUGGAUUUAGUGCUCCCUAUCAAGGUUCUUCUUCCACUUUGACCCAAACUGCCUCCACUGGUGAGUUAGAGGAGGAUAUUGCGGCAACUGCUGGUGAUAAUACUGUUGCUAGCACAUCUGCUGAUGUUACUGUAUCCAGUGUUACUGCUGUCACCAGACAUAGAGUUUCCGAAGAGCAGCGAGUGCAAGCUGUGAAUCUCAGAAAAUCAGAUCUGGAACUCGCCACUUCCAAGGAAUCGCUCUCCCUUCAAUCAGCAAAUACCCAAAGUACAAGAAGACGGCCAAGAAAUGCUGAACAGAUAGAAAGAACUAAAGAGCUUGCAGUUGUUACUUAUAGAGUGAAAAAGGCCAUAGAUUUUAAAUCUAGAGGAUUUAAAUUGUUUCCAGGGAAAGACAACAGCAACAAGUUUUCUAUCUUAAAUGAAGGAGGUAUUAAACAGGCAUCCAAUUUGUGUCCAGAUCCUGGAGAACCUGAGAAUGGAAAACGGAUAGGCUCAGAUUUUAGCCUGGAUGCAACAGUACAAUUUUCUUGUGAUGAAGACUACGUGCUACAGGGGGCAAAAAGUAUCACCUGUCAGAGAAUAGCAGAAGUCUUUGCCGCAUGGAGUGAUCAUAGACCAAUGUGCAAAGUAAAGACUUGUGGAUCCAAUCUUCUAGGACCUAGUGGCACCUUCACAUCUCCCAACUUUCCAUUCCAGUAUGACAGUAAUGCUCAGUGUGUUUGGAUCAUCACAGCCAUCAAUCCAAAUAAGGUUAUUCAGAUUAAUUUUGAAGAAUUUGAUCUGGAGAUUGGCUAUGAUACACUAACAAUUGGUGAUGGAGGAGAAGUGGGUGAUCCCAGAACUGUUCUUCAAGUGUUAACGGGAAGCUUCGUGCCAGAUUUAAUUGUCAGCAUGAACAAUCAGAUGUGGCUGCACCUUCAGACUGAUGAAAGUGUGGGCUCAAUUGGCUUCAAAGUGAACUACAAAGAGAUUGAAAAAGAAAGCUGUGGGGAUCCUGGAACUCCAUUAUAUGGUAUUAGAGAAGGGGAUGGAUUUUCCAAUCGUGAUGUGUUAAGGUUUGAGUGUCAGUUUGGGUUUGAACUGAUUGGAGAAAAAUCUAUUGUCUGUCAAGAGAACAACCAGUGGUCGGCAAACAUACCAAUCUGUAUUUUUCCUUGCCUUUCUAAUUUCACGGCACCGAUGGGAACAGUUCUUUCUCCUGACUACCCAGAAGGAUAUGGAAAUAAUUUGAACUGCAUUUGGACAAUCAUCUCAGAUCCAGGGAGUCGAAUUCAUCUCUCCUUUAAUGACUUUGACUUGGAAUCUCAAUUUGACUUCCUUGCAAUUAAAGAUGGUGACUCUCCAGAUUCUCCAAUACUUGGAACAUUCACGGGAGCCGAAGUGCCAUCCCAUUUGACUAGUAACAGUCAUAUUAUACGCCUGGAAUUUCAAGCUGACCACUCAAUGUCAGGACGUGGUUUUAAUAUCACAUAUAACACCUUUGGACACAAUGAAUGUCCUGAUCCUGGCAUACCCAUCAAUGCACGGCGGUUUGGUGACAAUUUUCAGUUGGGAAGUUCAAUAUCUGUCAUUUGUGAAGAAGGAUUUAUUAAAACCCAAGGCACUGAAACAAUUACUUGUGUACUGAUGGAUGGGAAGGUUAUGUGGAGUGGACCUAUCCCUAAGUGUGGAGCUCCAUGUGGUGGGCAUUUUUCUUCUCCCAGUGGGGUCAUCCUUUCCCCAGGCUGGCCUGGGUAUUAUAAAGACUCAUUGAAUUGUGAGUGGGUGAUUGAAGCUGAACCAGGACACUCUAUCAAAAUUACAUUUGAAAGAUUCCAGACAGAACUCAAUUAUGAUGUUCUAGAAGUGCAUGAUGGACCCAAUCUUCUGUCACCACUUCUUGGAUCUUACAAUGGUACACAAGUCCCCCAGUUUCUGUUCAGUAGCAGUAACUUUAUUUACCUUCUGUUUACAACGGACAACAGCCGUUCCAAUAAUGGAUUCAAGAUCCACUAUGAAAGUGUCACAGUUAACACCUAUUCUUGUUUGGAUCCUGGCAUUCCUGUCCAUGGUCGUCGUUAUGGGCACGACUUUUCCAUUGGUUCAACAGUAUCAUUUGGGUGUGACCCAGGUUAUAGACUGAGCCACGAAGAGCCUCUGCUAUGUGAAAAGAACCACUGGUGGAGCCAUCCACUUCCUACUUGUGAUGCUUUGUGUGGAGGAGAUGUUAGAGGACCCAGUGGGACUAUUUUAUCCCCAGGUUACCCUGAAUUAUACCCAAACUCACUGAAUUGCACAUGGACUGUGGAUGUUACCCAUGGAAAAGGAGUGCAGUUCACCUUUCACACCUUUCAUUUGGAAGAUCAUCACGACUACUUACUAAUCACAGAGAAUGGCAGUUUCACUCAGCCGCUAGCACGCCUGACUGGCUCAGAAGUUCCGUCAGCAAUCAACGCUGGUCUCUAUGGAAAUUUCAGGGCUCAGUUGCGCUUUAUUUCUGACUUUUCAAUAUCAUACGAAGGAUUUAAUAUUACUUUCUCUGAAUAUAAUCUCGAACCCUGUGAAGAUCCUGGGACUCCUCAAUUUGGAAGCAGAAUAGGAUUUAACUUUGGAGUAGGAGACACCUUAACAUUUUCCUGUUCAUCUGGAUACCGUUUAGAAGGGGCUUCAGAGAUUAUCUGUCUCGGUGGUGGCCGACGUGUGUGGAGUGCACCUCUGCCCAGGUGUGUGGCUGAAUGUGGAGCUUCUGCAACAAAUAAUGAAGGAAUUUUGUUGUCCCCCAAUUACCCACUCAACUAUGAAAACAACCAUGAAUGUAUUUAUAGCAUUCAAGUGCAAGCUGGGAAGGGAAUCAAUAUUUCUGCCAGAACUUUUCAUCUUGCGCAAGGAGAUGUUCUUAAGAUAUAUGAUGGAAGGGAUAACACAGCCCACUUACUGGGUGCCUUUACUGGAGCUUCACUGCGAGGACUGACACUGAGCAGUACUUCAAAUCAUCUUUGGCUUGAGUUUAAUUCAGAUUCCGAGGGAACAGAUGAAGGUUUUCAACUUGUUUACACCAGUUUUGAGCUUUCUCAUUGUGAAGAUCCAGGUGUUCCACAAUUUGGAUACAAGAUAAGUGAUCAAGGCCACUUUGCUGGCAGCACCAUCAUUUAUGGAUGCAACCCUGGCUACACACUCCAUGGAAGUAGCCUCCUGAAGUGUAUGACAGGAGAAAGAAGGGCAUGGGACUACCCUCUGCCUUCUUGUAUAGCUGAAUGUGGAGGUCGUUUUAAAGGAGAAUCCUCAGGACGAAUUUUAUCUCCAGGCUAUCCUUUUCCUUAUGACAACAAUCUGCGCUGUAUGUGGAUGAUUGAAGUUGAUAUAGGAAAUAUUGUCAGCCUCCAGUUUCUUGCGUUUGAUACUGAAGCAUCACAUGAUAUACUACGUGUUUGGGAUGGUCCACCUGAAAAUGACAUGCUGUUAAAAGAAAUAAGUGGCUCUCUUAUUCCAGAAGGCAUCCACAGUACUCUCAAUAUUGUAACAAUCCAAUUUGACACAGACUUCUAUAUCAGCAAAUCUGGAUUUGCCAUUCAGUUUUCAAGCUCUGUAGCCACAGCCUGCCGUGAUCCCGGAGUCCCCAUGAACGGAACACGAAAUGGGGAUGGAAGAGAACCUGGAGACACAGUCAUUUUUCAGUGUGACCCUGGCUAUGAGUUGCAAGGAGAUGAGAGAAUAACCUGCAUUCAGGUAGAAAAUCGGUACUUCUGGCAGCCCAACCCACCAGUCUGUAUAGCACCCUGUGGAGGCAAUUUGACAGGCUCAUCAGGCUUUAUUCUUUCACCAAAUUUCCCUCAUCCUUAUCCCCACAGCAGAGACUGUGACUGGACUAUCACUGUUAAUAAUGACUAUGUAAUAUCAUUAGCAUUUAUCAGCUUCAGUAUAGAACCAAACUAUGACUUUCUCUAUAUAUAUGAUGGGCCAGACAGCAAUAGCCCACUAAUUGGGAGUUUUCAAGAUAGCAAGUUGCCAGAGAGGAUAGAAAGCAGUUCAUAUUCAAUGCACCUGGCUUUUCGAAGUGAUGGAUCUGUUAGCUUUACUGGUUUCCACUUGGAGUAUAAAGCCAAACUACGUGAGUCCUGCUUUGAUCCUGGUAAUAUAAUGAAUGGCACAAGACUUGGAAUGGAUUAUAAAUUGGGAUCAACAGUCACAUACUAUUGUGAUGCCGGUUAUGUUCUUCAAGGAUAUUCUACACUCACAUGUAUCAUGGGAGAUGAUGGGAGACCUGGAUGGAACAGAGCCUUACCCAGCUGUCAUGCACCUUGUGGAAGUCGUUCUACAGGUUCAGAAGGCACAGUUUUAUCACCAAACUACCCUAAAAACUACAGUAUAGGCCACAACUGCAUCUAUUCCAUUGCUGUUCCAAAAGAGUUUGUGGUAUUUGGCCAGUUUGUAUUUUUCCAGACAUCACUUCAUGACGUGGUUGAGGUAUAUGAUGGGCCAACUCAACAGUCAUCUUUAUUAUCUUCUCUCUCAGGAUCCCACUCAGGAGAAUCCCUUCCCUUGAGCUCAGGUAACCAGAUUACCAUUCGAUUUACUUCAGUUGGACCUGUAACAGCUAAAGGAUUUCACUUUGUAUACCAAGCGGUUCCAAGGACAAGUGCAACACAGUGCAGUUCCGUGCCUGAACCACGAUUUGGAAAAAGGAUUGGAAAUGAAUUUGCAGUUGGUUCAUUGGUUCUUUUUGAGUGUAAUCCAGGCUACAUACUCUAUGGAUCAAUAGCAAUUAGAUGUGACACAGUGCCCAAUGCACUGGCACAGUGGAAUGAUUCUCUUCCUACAUGUGUUGUGCCCUGUGGAGGAAUUUUAACUAAGCGCAAAGGGACCAUUUUGUCCCCUGGCUACCCUGAGCCUUAUGACAACAACCUAAAUUGUGUGUGGAAGAUCACAGUGCCAGAAGGAGCUGGAAUUCAAGUACAAGUUAUAAGUUUUGCAACUGAGCAUAACUGGGACUCUUUGGAUUUUUAUGAUGGUGGUGAUAAUAAUGCUCCAAGGCUUGGAAGCUAUUCAGGAACUACAAUACCUCCACUUCUCAACAGCACAUCCAACAAUUUGUACCUAAACUUUCAGUCAGAUAUUAGUGUGUCAGCUGCUGGAUUUCAUUUGGAGUAUACAGCUAUAGGUUUGGACUCUUGCCCUGAACCACAGACCCCAAACAGUGGAAUUAAAAUUGGAGACAGAUACAUGGUUGGAGAUGUGGUUUCCUUCCAGUGUGACCAAGGAUAUUCUCUUCAGGGACAUUCACAUAUCACCUGCAUGCCUGGACCAGUAAGAAGAUGGAAUUACCCUAUUCCAAUUUGCUUAGCACAGUGUGGUGGUUCCACGUCAGACUUCAGUGGUGUGAUCCUUAGUCCAGGCUUUCCUGGAAACUAUCCCAGCAGUUUAGACUGCACAUGGACAAUUAAGCUGCCUAUUGGUUUUGGGGUUCACUUGCAAUUUGUUAAUUUCUCAACGGAGACAAUACAUGAUUAUUUGGAAGUAAGAAGUGGAUCAACAGAUAUUAGUACCAUUAUCGGGAGACUAAGUGGCCCUCAGCUCCCUGCUUCCCUUUUUAGUACAACCCAUGAAACUAGCUUAUAUUUUCACAGCGACUAUUCUCAGAACAAACAAGGUUUUCAUAUUGUGUAUCAAGCAUAUCAGUUACAAAGUUGUCCUGAUCCACGGCCGUUUCGGAAUGGUUUUGUCAUUGGAGCAGAUUUUACUGUAGGACAAGCAGUUUCAUUUGAGUGUUUUCCUGGAUACACCUUAAUUGGGAACUCAGCACUUACUUGCCUUCAUGGGAUUAGUCGUAACUGGAACCAUCCAGUACCAAGAUGUGAAGCUCUCUGUGGAGGAAAUAUAACUGCAAUGAAUGGCACUAUAUAUUCUCCUGGCUAUCCUGAUGAGUACCCCAACUUCCAAGACUGCUUUUGGCUUGUAAGAGUUCCACCGGGACAUGGAAUUUAUAUCAAUUUCACUGUUCUUCAAACAGAACCGAUAUAUGAUUUCAUAACUGUCUGGGAUGGACCUGACCAAAGUUCUCCUCAGAUUGGGCAGUUUAGUGGCAACACUGCAUUGGAAUCAGUGUACAGCACUUCCAAUCAGAUACUCAUCAAGUUCCACAGUGACUUCACAACAAGUGGCUUCUUUGUGCUUAGUUAUCAUGCCUACCAGCUUCGAACCUGUCAACCUCCGCCUUCCAUACCAAAUGCUGAAAUUCUGACUGAGGAUGAUGAAUUUGAAAUAGGGGACAUAAUCAGGUACCAGUGUCUACCAGGCUUUACAUUAGUUGGUAAUGAGAUUCUGACAUGUAGACUGGGAGAGAGGCUACAGAUGGAUGGAGUACCUCCUGCUUGCCAAGUACUCUGUCCUGCAAAUGAGUUACGCCUGGAUUCAACAGGAGUGAUACUGAGUCCUGGCUACCCAGAGAGCUAUCCAAACCUCCAGAUGUGUGCAUGGACCAUUACAGUGGAAAAGGGUUAUAAUAUCAGCCUUUACUUUGAAUUCUUCCAGACGGAAAAGGAGUUUGAUAUACUUGAGGUGUUUGAUGGACCAAAUAGUCACAGUCCAUUGCUUAUCUCCCUAAGUGGUGAUUACUCUUCCUCACUAAAUAUAACUAGCAGUGGCCAUGAAGUUUUCCUCCGGUGGUCAGCAGAUCAUGGCACCAACAAAAAGGGUUUCCGGAUAAGAUAUAUAGCUCUUUACUGCAGCACUCCAGAGUCACCACCUCAUGGAUUCAUUGUUAGUCAAACAGGUGGGCAGCUCAACAGUGUGGUUCGUUGGACUUGUGACCGAGGAUUCCGGCUUGUUGGGAAAAGCACUGCUGUGUGUAGGAAAUCCCCCAAUGGAUAUCAUGCAUGGGAUGCACCUGUCCCAGCCUGUCAAGCAAUCUCUUGUGGGAUUCCAAAAGCUCCUGUGAAUGGUGGGAUAUUAACUACAGAUUAUUUAGUAGGCACCCGGGUUACUUAUUUUUGCAAUGAUGGGUAUAGGCUAUCAUCCAAGGAACUAACUACUGCAGUCUGCCAACCAGAUGGCACAUGGAGCAACCAUAAUAAAACACCUCGUUGUGUAGUUGUUACAUGUCCAAGCAUUAAUUCUUUCACCUUGGAACAUGGAAGGUGGCGAAUAGUGAAUGGCUCUCACUAUGAGUACAAAACUAAAGUUGUUUUUAGCUGUGAUCCUGGAUACCAUGGGUUAGGACCAGAAUCCAUUGAAUGUCUCGCCAAUGGAACUUGGAGUUGGAGAAAUGAGAGACCAUAUUGCCAAAUUAUUUCCUGUGGAGAACUUCCCAUCCCUCCAAAUGGGAAUAAAAUUGGAACUCAGAUCACAUAUGGCUCGACGGCAAUUUUUACUUGUGACUUGGGAUUUAUGCUGGUGGGUUCAGCUGUACGGGAAUGUCUCUCUGCUGGACUAUGGAGUGGAACUGAAACAAGGUGCUUAGCGGGCCAUUGUGGCAUUCCAGAACUUAUAGUCAAUGGUCAAGUAAUUGGAGAAAAUUAUGGCUACAGGGACACGGUGGUAUACCAGUGCAAUCCUGGCUUCCGACUGAUUGGUUCUUCUGUACGAAUAUGCCAGCAAGAUCACAACUGGUCUGGUCAGCUUCCAUCCUGUGUGCCUGUUAGUUGCGGUCAUCCUGGAAGCCCGAUUUAUGGAAGAACGAGUGGGAAUGGUUUCAACUUCAAUGAUGUUGUGACAUUCUCUUGUAACACUGGCUAUGUCAUGCAAGGCACAACAAAAGCCCACUGUCAAUCAAACAGGCAAUGGAGCCAUCCACCACCGAUAUGUAAAGUGGUCAACUGUUCUGAUCCAGGAAUCCCUGCAAAUUCUAUACGAGAAAGUAAAAUUGAACAUGGAAAUUUCACCUAUGGCACAGUUGUUUUUUAUGACUGUAAUCCUGGAUAUUUUUUAUUUGGAUCCUCAGUUUUAGUCUGCCAACCAAAUGGUCACUGGGACAAACCUCUUCCAGAAUGCAUUAUGAUUGACUGUGGUCAUCCUGGCAUUCCCCCAAAUGCAAUCCUGUCUGGAGAGAAAUAUACAUUUGGAUCUACUGUCCGUUACACCUGCACAGGAAGGCGAUUGCUAAUAGGCCAGCCAUCUCGGACAUGUCAGUUAAAUGGACGUUGGAGUGGAUCUAUGCCUCAUUGCUCAGGUGAUGCUGCAGGAUCCUGUGGGGAUCCGGGGAUCCCAGGUCACGGUUCUAGAGAAGAAAGCAAUUUUAGAACUAAAAGUGUUGUGCAAUUCUCCUGUGAGCUUGGUUACAUACUUCAUGGAUCAGAGGAAAGAACAUGUCUGGGAAAUGGAAGCUGGACAGGAAGGCAACCAGAAUGUAAAGCUGUACAGUGUGGUAACCCUGGAACAACAGCCAAUGGGAAGGUUUUUCGCAUAGAUGGCACAACGUUCUCUAGUUCUGUAAUUUAUUCCUGCAUGGAAGGCUACAUCCUGUCUGGACCUUCUGUAAGACAGUGUACAGCCAAUGGAACAUGGUCUGGCUCCUUGCCUAAUUGCACAAUAAUCAAUUGUGGAGAUCCAGGUGUCCCAGCCAAUGGCCUGAGAUAUGGUGAUGAUUAUGUUGUUGGACAAAACGUUACCUAUAUGUGCCAGCCUGGGUACACAAUAGAAUCCAACAGCUCCAAAUUGCGUACUUGCACCACCAACGGCACGUGGAGUGGAACACUUCCUACAUGUAAAGCUGUUACCUGUCCAACUCCACCCCAGAUCUCUAAUGGAAGACAGGAAGGAACAAAUUUUGACUGGGGAUUUAGUAUUAGCUAUGUCUGCUCGCCUGGCUAUGAACUAUCUUUUCCUGCUGUUUUGACCUGUGUUGGAAAUGGAACAUGGAGUGGUGAAGUACCUCAGUGCUUACCAAAGUUUUGUGGUGAUCCAGGAGUACCUUCACAAGGCAAAAGGGAAGGCAAGAGCUUCAUUUAUCAGUCUGAGGUCUCUUUUAGCUGUAACCUUCCAUUUGUAUUGGUUGGUUCUACUACUCGGAUCUGUCAAGCAGAUGGCACAUGGAGUGGGUCACCUCCUCGUUGCAUAGAACCUACACGCACAGCAUGUGAAAACCCUGGAAUUCCCCGUCAUGGAUCACAAAACAAUACAUUUGGUUAUCAGGUGGGAAACAUUGUGCAGUUUCAAUGCAAAAAAGGAUAUCUUCUUCAAGGAUCUACAACUCGCACCUGCCUUCAUGAUCUUAUGUGGAGUGGGAUUCAGCCAGAAUGUAUACCGCACAGUUGUAAACAGCCAGAAUCUCCAGACCAUAUGAAUGUUGCAGGAAUGGACCUUCCCUCCCUUGGUUAUACUCUGAUAUAUACCUGCCAACCAGGAUUCUUCCUAGCAGGAGGAUCAGAACACAGAGUCUGCAGAUCUGAUGGCACUUGGACUGGGAAAGUUCCUGUUUGUGAAGCUGGUUCCAAAAUACUGGUAAAAGACCCUAGGCCAGCAUUGGGAACACCAAGUCCCAAACUGAAUGUUCCUGAUGAUGUCUUUGCCCAGAAUUACAUAUGGAAAGGCUCCUACAAUUACAAAGGCAAAAAACAACCCAUGACCUUGACAGUUACCAGUUUCAAUACAACAUCAGGAAGAGUGAAUGCGACCCUUAGCAACAGCAAUAUGGAGCUAUUACUUUCAGGGGUGUAUAAAAGCCAAGAAGCCCGUUUAAUGCUCCAUAUAUAUUUCAUUAAAGCACCAUCUCAUACUUCUGUGAACAAACUGAAAGAGGAAAAAUGGGCAAUGGAUGGUUUUGUUUCUGCUGAGCCCGAUGGUGCAACCUAUGUUUUUCAAGGAUUUAUCCAGGGUAAAGAUUAUGGACAAUUUGGACUUCAAAGAUUAGGACUUAAUAUGUCUGAAGGUUCCAAUUCUUCAAACCAACCACAUGGUACAAACAGCAGUUCUGUGGCCAUUGCUAUUCUUGUGCCUUUCUUUGCCCUCAUAUUAGCAGGAUUUGGGUUUUAUCUUUAUAAACAAAGAACUGCACCUAAAACACAGUAUACCGGAUGUUCUGUACAUGAAAACAACAAUGGGCAAGCUGCUUUUGAAAACCCCAUGUAUGAUACAAGUGCGAAAUCCGUCGAAGGGAAGGCUGUGCGAUUUGACCCUAACUUGAACACAGUUUGCACAAUGGUAUAACAUGGCGUUGGCUCAACUUCUGUGCUCUGAAAAUUGAAACACAACACAGUGCACGCCUAGUUCACUGAUUAAAAAAAAAAAAUUAAAGCACACUUUUCAGGAUUUCCUGGGUCACCUUCUCCUGAGGAUGAGAGAGACAAGAGUGGAUUUCUUUUUUUCUUUUUCUUUUUUCAUAAACUGAAAAAAAAUCGACUUCAUGGCUACCGUGGAGUAUUUUACAGAAAAUCUGCUGCACUCCAUGAGUGCUUACUCACAGUUUAUUUGCUUUUUUAAAAAAGGAGAUUAUUCUAAAAAAAUAGAAAUAAAAAAAUAAAAAAAUAAAACAUAUUUGCAUAUAUUGGAGGAGCAUCCACUAUCAGUACUUCUGUGCUUUAUAAACUAUGCUAGAGGGACUGGGUUUAAAAGAACAAAACAACAGAUAUAUGGUAGAAAAUAAGAGUUAUAUUUACAGGAGACAGCAAGUCAUUGGUUUCUCUUUAACAGUCACAAGCUACAUCAUUCCCCAACCAUUAGAAUGUUACAUUCUCUCAAUUAUAUCCUCUCUGUUAAGAACUAUGUUUCCCCCCUCCUGUACCUAUGAAUUUCUACGAUUAUGCCAUGGCCAUUAAUAGGCUUAAGCUUGCAAAUGCAACCUAUUAUUUCUGUGCCACAGUGGGAUAAUUAAGUGUCAGUUCUCAGGUUCUUUUAUUUCAUGAGUUUAAUUCCCUGUUCCGUUUUUGCCUUGUUUGGUUUUUUUUUCAUCUAACAUCUUCUGUUUCAGUUGCCUAUACAGGCAGUUCCAUUUCUUCUUUUUCUCUUCUACAUGAGCUUUCCCAGUAACCACCACUCCGACAGCAGUAGGACAUGCCAUCAUUAAUUCAAGUUUUGUAAUAUUGUGAUUUUUUAAAAAAAAUUACUGAGGACUAUUCGUGAAAGUAUCAGUUUUACACUUUCCCCCAAUAAUUCUAAUUUAUCCUUCUUGAAAUAUCCACAUGAGAAAAGUGGCGAAUUAUAAUAAUACUGGACUCCUAGAUUAUGAAGAACAUUAGGCACUAAAUUUCAGAUCUUACUCCAUCAUCUGUUUUAUCAGCAUUACAGGCCCUGCUUCAUGCUGUGUUAAAUGCUGUACACAGAGUGCAAUCAAAGUCUAGUAAAGCUGCAGUCACUAAAAGAUAUGCUUCAACCCAUUAUUGACUUCAGUGUUCUAAUGUGUCCAUGGAGUUCUUGUGUCCACUAGGUCUUCCUUGGUUAUUCCAAUGGAGCAGGCAGUUCUGUGCAUACAAAAGGAUAAGGGCCUGCAUCCAUCCUCCCACUGAAUGGGGUGGGGUGGUGAGACGCCUCCGAGAUGUUCAUGUAGACUGCAGAGCAUAUGGGUGUCUCUAGUAAAAAUGUUUUAGAAUAGCAUCUGGUCUAAUCCUACAAGGUUGCUUUCGUCAAGAUAGUUUUAGAUCUGCAACUCUCUCCCAUGGCAAAAACUGUAAUUGGAUAUGUUUAUAACAAGUAGAACUUGCAACAAUAAUGUCAUGUCAGGUCUGAAAUCUCAUCUGUUAUACGGUGAGGAUGGGACAGAAUAGGGUAGUGAUGUGCAGCAGAUAGGUGAAAUGUAGGUUGGGAGAGUCUUGUCAGAAUGGAAUUUUUUCUCUCCUCCUUCUCCUCCACCCAGUUUGCAUUGUUAUUGGCUGUGCCCUGCUGAUUGACAAGAGGAGAAGAACCCCCUUUUGGAAUCUUCGUUGGAGGAUUCUGGGGCUGUGAAGUGUAUGGAUUCUCUGCUUCUUCAGGGUGGUUUUUCGUUUGGGGAGGAGGUCUGGGCUUCUUCCCAAAAGCGAACAUUUUGGGGCUUGCAUUGUGGCCCCCCUCGACAGCCCUAUAUGCCCUGCUCCCAGCCUUAACGGGAGCUUGUGGAGGCCCUAUGCCUAACUAACAGAUAGGCAUAUGUCCAGCUAACAUACUCUGUUAGCUGUCAGCAAUAUGUUGAUAGAUACUAGGCAUAAUUAUGUUGAGACAUGUCUGCAUUAUUAGAUAUCUGAUUCAUGGGUGGUAAUGGAAUUACAACUUUUUAAAGUUACAUUUUUUGCCAUGGGAUAACAGGAUUUACUGAUUACCAUGUUUGUCUUCUUUUAUCAUGCUGUGCCAGCAAAUCAUUGAUAUAAGGGAGAUAUAUUGAAUGCUUUGUCAAAGUAGUGCCAGGCAUUAUUGUGGUGACACAUGGUUAUGCUAGCACAACCAUUUCGAGUCAAGAUGUAACCCAGUUCACAACCUCGUUAAUCCAAAAUACUUAGAUUUAAACCAGAUUGGUUCUAGAUUUCAGUCUGCUGAAAUCCAUAUCCCUUGGCACAGGUGAAAUACAGGGGGGAAAGUGACUCCGUUGAAAUUUCCCUAUUGAAUUUAGUGGUCUUUUUUGCUUGAGCCCCAAACUUUCCAUAAUUUGGAAAGUUUGAGUAUACAAAUUAGCAUUGGUUUUUUGAAAACAAAUCCCUUGUCCUGUUGCAACAGUAGAAUGUACAGGAAACCCAUGAUAUUAAGAAAAAAAAUCAGUUUCUUCAAAUCCUACUCCCUUCCACAGUAGGUAUAAGACAUUGCAGACCCACUUCACUCUCAUCUAAAGGGAUGCAAUUUUUCAUUUUGAUUAUAGUUCAUUAAUGAAUUAUCAAAUGACAACCUGAGUAAUUCCCAUGUCAUAGUUCAUUGUCUUCCUUUUAUAGCAUGAAAUCGUUUUGGAUUCAUCAAUGCUGUACAUUAGCCAGUGUGAAUUAUCUGUUACUACUGUCUUUUUCCAGACAUACUCUGUGAAAAUCAAAAUUUUUAUUAAUGUUUUAGAGAGUGCCUCCCCUGCCCCACAAAAAACUCCCCAUUCCAAACCACAACUAUCAUUAUACCCGGGAUUGCUGCUUGGAUUUUUAUGGUGUUUGAUGACUUUCUUAUGAAUCAUUUGACAGUGUUUUGUUUUGAGAAUUCAUACAGUUCUGUCCAAAAAACUGUCUUCUACUAAAAGAAUGCUGUUUUUAUAUUUUAUACCAUCAAUUUGUUAUUUAUUCUUGUUUAUUCAAAUGAUUGCAAUAAUGAUGAUUCACUCAUUAAUGUUAAGGUUAAUACAUUUGAGAUCUUUAAAAUCUUGUUUCUUCUGCAGCUGGCUACUCCUCUUAUAUUAAUGCAUACACUUUUGUAAAGAAGUCUAUUUUUAUGGGAAAAAAGGAUUUGUAAAAGUAUGAUGUAAAUUUUCAGUGCAAUGUAAACAAAAUAAAAAUGGAUAAUUGCUUUUGUAACAUUGGGUGUCCUUUCCAAGAGAAGAUUUGAAAUCAUAUAUGGUGUGGAGGCUAAUGAAUCAUCAAAUUGCUCGGGCAAAUAUCAGAAUUUUGCUGUAAUUUUUUCUUGGUUCUCAUAGCCUGGUAAAUUAUGAAUAAUCUGAAGAUACUUAUAUUAUUUUUGAAAACUGAAAAUUAACCCAAUAUGCAAAAGAAAAGAAAAAUUAUUUACCAGACCACUUUUAAGUAAAAGAAGAUUAAUAAAAUGAGAGGAAACGUG